AUGGUGUCAGCAUCCGGUGCUGCUCAGGCCCGCAGCCACAUGUCGCGAGGGAAGAAGGCUGCCACAGCAGGCAAAGCUACUAAGAUCAAGUUCGUUAUCGACUGCCAGAAGCCUGUUGAAGAUAAUAUUCUUGAGGCCAAGGGUUUGGAGAAGUUCUUACAGAGCCGCAUUAAAGUUGCGGGGAAGCUGAACAACUUUGGAGAGAAAAUUGAGGUUUUCCGGGAGAAGGCAAAAGUAUGCGUCACCGCCGAGUUGCCCUUUUCAAAGCGUUACCUGAAGUACCUCGUGAAGAAGUAUUUGAAGAAGCAAAUGCUACGCGACUUUCUGCGAGUUGUUGCAAAUAACAAGACGUCGUACGAGCUGAGGUACUUCCAGAUGCCCCAGGACGACGAGGAGGCGGCAUGA